AUGGACAGAGAGAAGUCAGCGGUAGAAUCUCUUCUAUUGCUAGGUCAAGGAGCAGAAUCAGAAGUAACAAGGAAACAACAAACCAUAAUGUCGAAAAUUCGAACAUUGACGUUGGAAGAGACUCCUGACGGAGCUUGGGUUAUACCCAACGGACAAAAGUUUGUUCUGGACGAAAAUAAUCAAUUAGUGCCACAAGAGCAACACAGAAGCGUGCAAGGAGCACAAGCAAGUGGAAACGUGCAAAUUGUGAAAGUUGGCGCCAACAUAGGUGCGUUGGAGUGUUUUAACCCGGCAAUGGACUGGAACAUUUAUUGUGAACGCUUGGAGCAAUACUUUCAUGCCAAUGGAGUUAGCGCGGAAAGCCGUGUUUCAGUGCUGAUAACAACAAUCGGCCUUGAGGUGUAUAAAACAUUACGUGAUCUAUGUCAUCCAGUGCUACCGCAGAACAAGGCGUAUGCGGAGUUGUGUGACAUAAUGAAAAAGCAUUUUUCAUCGCAAAUUUCGGUUUUUCAUGAAAGAAAGCGUUUCUAUCAGUUGCGGCAAGAACCAUUCGAGUCAGUAAGCCAGUGGUAUGCUCGUGUUAAGAAAGGCGCGGUGAACUGUGAAUUCGAAAAUGAGCUCGAAGGUAGAAUAAAAGAUAUUUUCGUGGCUGGGAUGAAAGAAGGCAAAAUCAUUGAUCGAAUUAUGGAAGAAAGUCAUCAAGCAAGUUUGCGCCAGCUGCUGGAAAUGGCGCUGCGGAAGGAAGCAUCGUUAGCGGCGUCCGGCAUUUCGUUAGACGGCAACCAGGUAAACAAAAUAGCAGCGAGGAGACCGAAUUCCAGGAAAGGGGGAGAGUCAAGCGGUCAAGGUUCAACAAGUGAAGCUGCGCAACAGCAGGCACCGAAGCAAAAACAACAGAAGCAUCAGGAGCCGACGUGCAAGGCGUGCGGAGGUACACGACAUAAUUUCGCACAGUGUAGGUAUAAGUCGUACAAAUGCAAAGGGUGCCACGAAGUAGGACAUUUAGUUAAGGUUUGUAAAAAUAAAAAUUCAAACAACUUUGUAGAAGAAGAGGAAAGGGACGACGCGAGUAAUAGUGACGAAUCGUUUUCGGAUAUCUAUAAUGUAAAAUACGUGGUCAAAGUAACGCGUCGCGAGCCACCGGUAGAGGUCGAGGUUACUAUUGCUAAGCGAAAAGUUUUAAUGGAAAUUGACAGCGGCGCGGCCUUAUCGGUUAUUCCAAUUGAUGUUUACGAAUCUCGUUUGUCGCAUUGUAAGUUAGAAAAAUGUGAUAGAAUUUUAAGGUUAUACGGCAAUCACGCGACAAUGUUGCCUUUAGGCGAAAUUCAUGCGGAAGUCGAAUAUGCAAACAAAAAAGCGGAAUGUACUUUUGUAAUUGUCGAUGGGAGAAAAAUGUCGAGUUUGUUAGGGAGAGAUGCGAUGAAAGGUUUAGGAUUUUAUGUAGGUGGAAUAAACAGUGUAAAUGAUAUUAACGUAAAUUUGGAUGGUAUUUUAAAAAAAUAUUCGAAUCUGUUUGAUGGUCAAUUGGGUAGAUAUACAGGAGAAAAAGUUCAGCUGAAACUUAAGAAUGAGGUUAAGCCAAUUUUUAAAAAACCACAUACGAUCCCAUUUGCUUUCAAAGCGCAAGUAGAACAAGAACUCGACAGAUUAGAAAAAGACGCUAUUAUAGUUAAAGUUAACACGAGUGAGUGGGGAACUCCCUUAGUACCAAUUUUGAAAGAGAAUGGGGCUAUUAGGGUGUGUGCGAAUUAUCGAUUAACUGUUAAUAAACAUCUGGAAGAUUUCAAUCACCCAAUACCGAGAAUAGAGGAGAUGUUUGUUGCUUUGCAGGGCGGGGAGGAGUUUUCAUUGUUAGACUUAGAUAGAGCAUAUAACCAGCUGGAAUUAACGGAAGAUACAAAGAAACUGCUGGCUUGGAGUACGCAUCGCGGAGUGUACCUCAUGAAUAGAUUACCUUUUGGGACCAAGCCAGCAUGUUCGAUUUUUCAACAAACAUUAGAAAAGGUUUUACAAGGAACACCGGGUUGUAAAAACUAUUUCGAUGAUAUUAUUAUUACUGGUAGAGAUCGAAACGAACAUAUGAAAAAUUUGGACUUAGUAUUACAAAAAUUACAAGCAGCUGGUUUUAAACUGAAUCUAGGAAAAUGUAAAUUUUUUAAAAAAAGUGUUGAAUAUUUAGGUCAUGUAAUUGACAAGAAAGGGAUUCAUAAAAAUCCAAAGAAAAUAGAAGCAAUCGUUAAUGCCCCCAGACCUGCAAAGGUAGAUGAAUUACAGGCUUAUAUCGGUAUGGUUAAUUAUUAUGCAAAAUUUAUACCCAAUCUAGCAACAAUGUUAAACCCAAUGUACAAAUUGUUGCAAAAAGACGUUGAAUUUGUGUGGUCAAAAGAGUGUCAGAAAGCGUGGGAGGAAGUUAAAGCUGAACUGGUAUCUGACAGAAAUUUAGUUCAUUUUGAUCCUAACGUACAAAUAAAACUGACUUGUGAUGCGUCCAAUGUGGGAUUAGGAGUGGUGUUAUCGCACAUUUAUAAGAAUGGUGAAGUGAGACCAAUCAGCUUUGCUUCACGAACGCUUUCAAAAGCAGAAAAAAAUUACUCUGUUAUCCAUAAAGAAGCAUUGGCAAUUUACUGGGGUGUCACUAAAUUUUAUCAGUACUUAAAAGGUACUCAAUUUCUGUUAGAAACAGAUCACAAGCCCCUAUUGGCAUCAUUGGGAGAGGAAAAAGGAAUUCCACAAAUGGCAGCGGGAAGACUCCAAAGAUGGGCUCAUUUUUUAAGUGGUUUUAAUUAUACUUUACAAUAUGUAAAGGGAAGUAGAAAUGGAGUAGCAGAUGGGCUUUCUCGAUUGCCAUUAGAAAGUAAAAUAGUUGGGGCAGAGCCUGAAUAUGAUUAUCUUAAUUUUGUAAUUGACAGUAAAUUGCCAGUGGACUCAAAGCAGAUUGCAAAAUAUACUCGUACUGAUCUGAUGUUGAGCAAAGUGUAUAGGUAUGUGAAGUAUGGAUGGCCCGAUGAAGUGGAUGAGAGUGUUAAGCCAUUUGCUUCAAGGGCGCAUGAAUUGUGUAUUGACCAAGACGUAUUAAUGUGGGGCUAUAGAGUCAUUGUUCCUGACAAGCUCAAGCAAGACUUGCUUGAUGAAGUUCACUCGACUCAUAUGGGUUCUAGUAAAAUGAAAGCAGUGGCCAGACAGUAUUUUUGGUGGCCCAAUUUAGAUAAAGAACUAGAACAAUUUGCUAAAAGCUGUGAGAUUUGUAACACGUUUGCAAAUAACCCGGAAAGAGCUGAGCUGGUCAGGUACACUGACUCUAAAGAACCGCUAGAAAGGAUCCACAUGGAUUUUUUAGGACCUAUAUACAAUAAGUGCUAUUUAAUUGUCAUCGACUCUUACUCGAAAUGGCCUGUCGUGUAUGAGAUGGGUAGGAUGGAUGCUGCGGCGACAGUAAAGUGUUUAUGUGAAUAUGUAUCAAACUUAGGACUACCUCAAAAAAUUGUAACAGACAACGGGAGGCAGUUCGUGUCUGAAGAAUUUAAAAAUUUCUGUGAGGCUAACAAAAUAAAUCACGUAACCACGGCGCCGUACCACCCUUCUACCAAUGGGGCAGCGGAAAACGCGGUAAAGUCAUUUAAAGUCGGGCUCAAAAAAGCAAUAUUAGAUCCUAAAAAUAGCAAAAUAGAUACUAAGUUAUUAAUAGCUAAAUAUUUGUUUACAUAUAGAACCACUCCACACAGUGUAACAGAACAAACACCGGCGUAUUUAAUGUAUGGAAGGCAACUAAGAACAAGAUUCGAUGCGUUAAGAGAAAAUGUAUGUGUUCGAAAUAAGAAUCGCCAGGUUGCAAACUAUCCUGGUAAAAGAAAUGUAGAAUUUGAACUGGGACAAACGUUAAAAGAUGGUUUAUACUGGAAAAGGCACCUGGAUCAGAUGCGAUCGGCGAGCUCAUUAUUUGAAAAAUUUUGCGAAAAUCCCGAGCAUAAAAAAACUGAUGCUAUGUCAAGCGAGAUGAUCAAUUUUCCGUUACCUCAAAAUAUAGAACCUCAGGAAAUUAAUCCGAGUAUAAGUUGCGGCGAUACUCCAACUGUAUGGCAACGAAAAGAAGAGGGGGUGUAUAAACCAAUCGAGAUUGAAGAAUAUGUGGCAAUGAGCGACGCAAGUCAAGAAUUGAUUGGACUGGAGAACUCUAUAAGUAUUAUAUUGUCUCGCACUUUAUUGCCCGCGGAUCUAUGGUGUGACAACAAAGCUGACGAAGCAAGUGCUAAGAUAGAUGGUGUUAAAAGACUGAGACAUAUGACCGAGAUAAAGGCUCACUACGUUGAGGGAUGUACAGAAAAAGAGAAAAAGGAUGAAAGUGAGGAUGUUAAAGAACAAAAUGAUAAGAUGAGUAAAAUAGAAAAGAGAUUAGAUAGUAUGUUUAAGUUGAUGAAAAGAUUAGAAAAAAGAGAAGAAGAAUAG